UAGAGUGGAAGCCAGGGAGUGGAGGUCUACCGUGGUAUUACGUUUUCCGUUCGUUUCCUUUAUAGAAGAUGGGGAGUAUUUUUUCUUGCCAUUUCGUUUGGGUAUACAAGCGCGUGACAUGUUUUCACUUUUGGAAUUGUACAUCCUGCGCCCGCACCCCCACCUCCAUUCUCCCUUACGUGGAAUCGUUGCUGUAUAGGAUUUCUCUGAAUUGGACUGCUGUAGUUGCUUGUUGACGCCCAGUGAGGUAACCUGAACCAUGAAGUCACUUUGCUUACUGCUUUGUGCAGCUGCUGCAUGUGCUGCCCCUGGAUUAGAUCCUGAACUUGAUAGCUACUGGAUGUCAUGGAGAACUGUACACAGUCGAGGUUACCAUAAGGGUGAAGAGGGAUGGAGGCGAAUGAUAUGGGAGAAGAACUUGAAGAAAAUUGAACUGCAUAAUCUGGAAUACUCUCUGGGAAAGCAUACGUAUAAACUUGGCAUGAACCAUUUUGGAGACAUGACCAAUGAAGAGUUCAGACAGCUGAUGAAUGGAUACAAGCACAGCAAGACUGCUGAGAAGAAGUUAAAGGGCUCAUCCUUUUUGAAGCCCAGUUUUGUAAAGGUACCAGACCAGGUGGAUUGGCGCACCAGAGGUUAUGUAACUCCAGUGAAGGACCAGGGCACAUGUGGCUCCUGCUGGUCAUUUAGCACUACUGGAGCCCUUGAAGGGCAGCAUUUCAGAAAAACUGGUAAGCUGGUGUCGCUAAGUGAGCAGAACCUCAUAGACUGCUCUCGGCCCCAGGGGAACUUGGGCUGUAAUGGCGGUUUGAUGGACCAGGCUUUCCAGUAUGUGCAGGAUAAUGGUGGUAUUGACUCUGAAGUGUCCUAUCCAUAUAUUGCUAAGGAUAACCAGCCAUGCCAGUAUGAUCCUCAGUACAACUCUGCAAAUGACACUGGAUUUGUGGAUGUUACUUCUGGUGAUGAAGAAGCUCUUAAGACUGCUCUUGCAACAGUGGGUCCAGUUUCUGUAGCUAUUGAUGCAGGACAUGAAUCCUUCCAGUUUUAUGAAUCAGGAAUCUAUUAUGAACCUCAAUGCAGCAGUGAACAACUAGACCAUGGUGUUUUGGCAGUUGGUUAUGGAUUCCAAGGAAAAGAGGAAACUGACGACAAAUUCUGGAUUGUUAAAAACAGCUGGAGUGAAAAGUGGGGUAAUCGAGGCUACGUGUAUUUGGCUAGAGACAGACAGAACCACUGUGGAAUUGCUACAGCUGCUAGCUACCCUCUGGUGUAAUGUCGGUCGAAGCUGAGACAUCCCUUGGAAAAAAAAAAAGGUGAUGGUGAUCAAAAUGAGUGUGCCAUAAGGCAUAGUCUGGUCCGAACACUUGUAUACUGAGAACAAAAAGCCUUCACCUGAAGUUUUAACUGCAUUCCGCUCUUAAAGGUUACUCACUCUUGGAAAAGAGCAUCAGCAAGUACUGGACAAUAAUCAAGAUGGGUGCUGAACUGUGAAGAAUAAGCUAGUUUUAAUUUUAAAUGACUUGGGAUAGCAAAAUUUACUGGAUCAAAAGGUGCCUUAGUCUGUCAAAAUUCACACUUGGCGUACUACAACUUGCGUUACACCAUACGUCUCACUCCAGGGGCUUUCCAUCUGUAAGGAAAGGAAAUGACCACCUGUAACCACUACUUUUGUGGCAUUUAGCACCUGCUCACUCCUGUCUGGUUUAUAAUUGGAUUUUUAGUCCUCCAUUGCCUUAGGCUGUCCAUUUUAAUUUCUGUUAUGCAGCAACAAGAUUGAUGCUGAUUUUGUUUUAAGUGAUCAUGAAAUUUACUUUGUGGUUAUAGUAUUUAAUGAUUUGUGUUUUUAGCAGUAGGCUUUAUGUUGACAGGUGCCCAUAAAGAGUUGUGCCCACUUAAGUGUAAUGAGCAAGCACUGUGUAUAAUGCUUGUAAUAACUGGAUAUUUCGAAUGUCACAACAUCUGUAACUUAGGAAGUUGCACAGUAUGUGUUGUAGCUGGGCCUUUGAAGUUCCAGGUGAAUAUUGAUUUUUUUUCCUUUUUAUACUGACUCCAUUUUUAAUUCUGGUAAUGUAUUUUGCCAAACCUGUGCUUGUUUCAAAUACAAAGUAUUGAGUAGUUCAUUAA